AUGCCUACCGUCCAUCUACUCGAUUAUGUCGCUGGCAAUGUGCGUUCUCUAGUGAAUGCCAUCAACAAGGUUGGCUACGAAGUUAAAUGGGUGAGGUCGCCCGAGGACUUGAAGAAUGUCGAGAAGCUCAUUCUUCCAGGAGUCGGCCACUUUGGCCACUGCCUUUCCCAGCUUUCGAGUGGCGGUUAUUUGCAGCCGAUAAGAGAGCAUAUAGCUUCCGGGAAACCGUUCAUGGGAAUUUGCGUUGGAUUGCAAGCCCUCUUUGAAGGCUCCGAGGAAAACCCCAACGUGCCCGGUCUCGGUGUAGUCCCAGCGCGGAUGCACAAGUUCGACGCCAAAACAAAGAGCGUACCUCACAUCGGCUGGAAUUCGGCAACAGAUACUCGCGUCGCUUUAUCCGGCGGCCAGAGCUUCUAUGGGUUGAACCCGAGCAGCAAGUACUACUAUGUCCACUCAUAUGCCGCUCUCUACGAGCCAGAUGUUCUCGAGCAGGAUGGUUGGUUUGUUGCCACGGCUGUCUACGGGAAGGAGAAAUUCAUUGGCGCCAUAGCACGGGAUAAUAUCUUUGCCACACAGUUUCACCCUGAGAAGAGUGGACAAGCAGGCCUGCGCACUCUUCGUGCAUUUUUGAAUGGAGACAAGUUCCAUUCACUUACGCCGAAAGAUUCAUCGCGGACUGAAGAAAAAAAUGGCCUAACUCGCAGAAUUAUAGCCUGCCUUGACGUUCGCACGAAUGAUGCCGGCGAUCUCGUUGUGACCAAGGGCGAUCAAUAUGACGUUAGGGAGAAGGAAGGUGCGGCUGCUGGAGGCCAAGUGAGAAAUCUGGGAAAGCCUGUUGAUAUGGCCAAGAAAUACUACGAACAAGGGGCAGAUGAAGUGACAUUUCUGAACAUUACCUCAUUCAGAAACUGUCCGGUAGCUGAUCUUCCAAUGCUCGAAAUUCUCAGAAGAACCUCCGAGACCGUUUUCGUACCUUUGACCAUUGGCGGCGGCAUCAGAGAUACCGUUGAUACAGACGGAACUCACAUACCGGCUCUCGAUGUGGCAACGAUGUACUUCAAAUCUGGAGCUGAUAAAGUCAGCAUCGGCUCUGAUGCUGUUACAGCCGCGGAAGAGUUCUACGAAUCUGGCAAAGUCCUUUCAGGCAAGACCGCCAUAGAAACUAUUUCGAAGGCGUACGGAAAUCAGGCCGUCGUUGUAAGCGUCGAUCCGAAACGUGUAUAUGUGAAGAGGCCAGAAGAUACGAAGCACCACACAAUAGAAACGAAGUAUCCCAACGCCGCCGGGCAACACUUCUGCUGGUACCAGUGUACUAUCAAGGGUGGCAGAGAGACCCGGGAUCUGGACGUCUGCCAGCUAGUGCAAGCGGUUGAAGCGAUGGGUGCUGGGGAGAUCUUGCUCAACUGCAUCGACAAAGAUGGGAGCAAUAGUGGUUUCGAUCUCGAACUGAUCAAUCACGUCAAGGCUGCGAUAACAAUACCUGUAGUUGCUUCGAGCGGAGCUGGUGUGCCCAAGCAUUUUGAGGAAGUUUUUGACCAAACGACCACCGAUGCCGCUCUAGGUGCUGGAAUGUUCCAUCGUGGUGAAUAUAGCGUCGGUGAAGUCAAGGAUUACCUUGAUGGCAAGGGCUUCCUUGUACGACGAUCCGAGUCAGACAUCUGA